AUGCAUAUCCUGGUGGUCAACGACGACGGUCCCCCGUCCAACCAGUCGUCCCCUUAUGUCCAUUCGUUUGUUCAUACACUACAAUCCGCAGGACACACUGUUUCAGUAGUCCUUCCUCACCAACAGCGAUCAUGGAUUGGUAAGGCUCAUCUUAUUGGUGCCGCCGUCCAGCCAACCUAUUUCCGCCCUGGAACCCUGCACAAAGACGAUGGCACGACGCACGACUAUCCCCGCGGUAGCAGUGCCGGAGACGAUGACGCCCCCGACGGCGAUGAAUGGAUUCUCAUCAACUCCACCCCCGCUAGCUGCGUACAGAUAGGUCUAUACCAUUACUUCCAGGACCGCGGGCCCGUUGACCUCGUGGUAUCCGGACCAAACUAUGGGCGCAACACCACGGCACUGUUUGCGCUUUCAAGCGGCACCAUUGGUGGGGCAAUGGAGGGUGCGGCGUGCGGAAAACGCUCAAUUGCACUCUCAUACGCUUUUAGCUCCCGUAACCACGAUCCUGUCAUCAUCGCGGAGGCGUCUCGGCAUUCGGUGCGGGUCAUUGAGUACCUUGCGAAGAAUUGGGACAAGGGAGUUGAUCUAUACACCGUUAAUGUGCCUCUAGAGCCAGGUGUCAGUGAGAGCAAGGUCAUGUACACGGAUAUGCUUGAUAAUCGGUGGUCGUCAGGGAGUUGUUUUGACGCGGUUGACGCUGAGGUGCCAGUGCAACAUCCGGACCAGAGGGAGCAGACCCUGCGUGAUCAGGAAGAGAAGUUGGAGGCUGAUCCUAGUGCUGAGGUCAAUGCGGGGUCCGGAAAGAGGUCGCGCAUCAAGCACAAGCAUUUCAUAUGGGCGCCAAAAUUCACCGAUGUCUAUCGGAGUGUUGAAGAGAGCGCUCCUGGAAAUGAUGGCUGGACUGUCAAGGAGGGAAUGACUAGCGUCACGCCUCUAAAAGCCAAUUUCAUGCAUACGCCCGGCAUCAAGGGAGAGAUCAAGCUAUCAGAUGAUGAGCCAGCACUCUACUCCAUAGUGGACUGCGACGAUUCUUAUGUCCAAGAACUAGUCGAGCAAUCACUACAAUCUCGCCUUGGUAGCCGUUACCGCACAAUACACUCCAUGUCAGACCUUCCUUCUCCGUCCGCCCCCGUGUUCCAGUAUCGCGAGUACGAACGCCUGGAUUUCGAGCACGCCAUGAUGAACCCUACUUCGUCUCUAACAAACGCUUAUAUCAUCCGCAAGGCACUUAUACGCAAACAUUACCUCUCCAACACCGUCUCCAAUUGGGUAACAAAGCAUCCAGAGAGUGUACUCUCCAAACAUGUCAAGGUCUCUGUGGACUUUGAGCUCGACUACGCGGAGUUCCUCGACGAUGCGCUCCUCGAAGCCUAUGAGCUUCGCGAGAGCCUGGAGAACAAUGAAUCAAAAUCCGACUCAGAGAAGGAAUGGUGGAUUCUCAAACCUGGCAUGAGCGAUCGCGGGCAAGGGAUUCGAUUGUUCAAGAGCGAGGACCAACUCCGUGAGAUAUUCGAGGAAUGGGAGGUUGACACAUCGGAUGAGGAGGACAACGAAGAUGGGGUCGAUGAUGGAAAUGGAGAUGAAACCGCAGACAAGGCCGGUGCAAGUGGUGUAAUAACCUCGCAACUCCGCCACUUCAUCGCGCAACCCUACAUCGACCCCCCACUGCUCCUUCCCUCUUCGAACAACCGCAAAUUCCAUAUUCGGACGUACGUCCUCGCAACAGGAGCACUCAAAGUUUACGUCUUCAAGGAAAUGCUCGCUCUCUUCGCAUCAAAGCCGUACAUUCCGCCUUCAUCCGAAUCGGACACAGACGGAAUCAACGACCUGACUCGCCAUCUAACAAAUACUUGCUUCCAAGACGGGAGUCUACCGGAGAACGAGACUGUCCGGCGCUUCUGGGAUUUAGAAGCCCAAGUGUCCAAUCUCAAUACUGACUGGAAGGAGUCGGUCUAUGUCCAGGUCUGUCAGGUUACAGGGGAACUGUUCACCGCGGCCGCGCGCGGCAUGAUGGUCCAUUUCCAAACGCUUCCGAAUGCGCUUGAGAUCUUUGGAAUUGAUUUCUUGGUUGAUGCCGAGGGGACGGCGUGGUUGCUGGAGGUGAAUGCCUAUCCGGAUUUUGGACAAACGGGAAGUGGUCUUCGGGACAUUGUUGUCGGGGGUUUGUUUGAUAAUGUGGUUAAUGUUGGUGUGAAGAGCUUCUUUGGACUUCAGGGUGAUGAGAAAGACAGGGAGAAUGAAGGUAAUGGGUUGAGAUUGGUCGCCGAGCUCGACCUAGGGAGAGCCUAG